UGCCUCGACUGGUUUGAGUUUACUUUAAACGCAGAGAGAAGUUCGCUAGAAGAACAUAAUAUGUUUGAACAUCAUUAAGUCUGACUACGAGCAUAUUUUUUUUGGAAGAAGAAAUUUUGUCAUUUCAAGCAAUGACGUGCUUUCCACGAACAAGAAAUUUUCGAUGAAUUGAGUGCAUCAGAAUGAGAUCGUUGAUGAUAGUGAAUGUAAUAAUGGCGAUAUUAGUUGCUUGCAAGGCUUCAGCCCUUGCGACUUCUGCAUCUCACAACACAGUCGCCAUAAAUGAAACUGGACAUGCCAAUGACGCUGAACAGACUGAAAACGCAAGUGAAAAAAAUGAUGAAAAUUCAGAAAUGAAGUAUUGCGCGUCGUCCAGCGAGGUAUCAACUGUCAUGCGCAACAUCAUGAAGAAUUCAAAAUAUAAUGUUCAUAAGAUACCAAGUUUUGGUAAACCAUUGGCAGUGAAGCUGGCAAUCACAGUGCUUGUGUUUCGAGACAUGUCGGAAGUUGAUAUGACUUACACUGUGGAUUUUUUUCUUCGAACAAAGUGGCGAGACGAACGUCUUAGUAAUUCUUUGGAUUGCAAAUUAACAAUGACUUUGGGAAAGAAACAUCCAGCGGAGAUUAUUUGGGUUCCUGAUACCAUGAUAGAAAAUGCUGUUACUUCAUACUUACAUGAAGUCCUCACAAAUAACCACAAAAUUGAUAUAUCUCCUAAUGGUGACGUGUUCUGGUCCACUAGAGUCACAGUAAAGGCUAUGUGCCCUAUGAACUUACUCAAGUAUCCAAGAGACAAGCAGACGUGUUUCAUUGACUUGCUAAGUUAUGCUUACACGACCGAUUUAAUAACAUAUAUGUGGAAUGAAAAUAACUCCGUUGGUAUAAUGGAUACAACUUUAAGUCAGUUCGAUGUCACCAAUUUCUAUAAAAAGAGCUAUAACUUAACCUACGCGGCAGGAGAAUAUUCCAUUCUAAAAGCAGUCUUUGUCUUUGAAAGACGAAUUGGUUACUACUUAAUACAAGUGUAUAUCCCUUGCAUAUUCCUGGUCGUGUUAGCUGGAUUAUCAUUUUGGGUGGAUGCACGAGCAACUCCAGCACGUGUUGCUCUUAGUUUGACCACUUUAUUAACUAUUGCUACCAUCUGGUCAUCAACAAAUUCAAACAUGCCUCCUGUGAGUUACGUGAAAGCUGUAGAUGUAUAUUUUCUUACAUCUUUUGGUUUUGUUCUUGUUACAUUGCUCGAAUACAUUAUCGUACUGAACUAUAACGUCUUGAAGACUGCAAUUCAACGAAAACUCAACAUGUUUGACAAGAAAACCGCGGAAGAUAGGGAAAAAGAAUCAUUCUGCAAAAAGCAUGGUCAACUUAUCAGUCGACGAUCAUCAUCAAAGAACAGUAUCGAAAUGACCGAAAGUCAGAUUGCACGCUAUUCAAAUGGUAAUUACAAGAGUCGGCAUGCAAGCAGCAGCAGUUGCACAUUAAACACGGAAAGCAAGGUUGAAAAGAAAGAAGAAGACAUAAAAAUAGUAUCAAACAUUGAUAAAGUAACAAAAUUUGCGUAUCCUCUUGCAUACAUCCUAUUUAACGUCUUCUACUGGUAUAAACUUAGAGAUAAUUAAGUUCGUGAACACUACUCUCUGACAUGUUCACGGAAGUUUAACGUUGGAGCGAGCAAUAUUUACACAGGGAGAAUACCGAACAUUCAGUGAACAAGAGUCAUCUAAAUCUGUCUUAGACUCUGCCACAUAAGACUGGUCGUCUGCAAGGGGAGCAUAUCCUUAAAAAAAUAAGGGGUGUUCUACGUUCUGGAAACGACUUUUGUACCUUGUAGUGUCUGUAUUUUAUAGAAAAGCCCAAAAAUGUCAGCUAAAAGUCCUUUAAGCAGUUUUUCGACUAAUUUUUAUACAUAUAUCACAAACUUUGUUGGGAUUUUACACCAUUAUCCCACAAAAAUCCUUACUAGUAAUGAUGUAUAUACAAGCAAGCUGAAAGCAGAGACGGAUCUAGAGUACGUCAAAAUAAAUUACUGCAGCACAUUUUGGAAUGUAUUUACAUUUCUAAGCACCUUAGAGGCAAAUCCAU